UCUGGUGUCUGUCUGUCUAUCUGUCUGUCUCUGAUUGCCACACAGCACCAGCUGUGUUAAGCUGCUUUCCUGGGCCAUCUCCACACCUGGUCCCUCUUGAAGCUAACACACCAACAUCCACAUUCAGGUUUUACAAUAAACAUUGCCAACUAAGAACAAAUUUGACGUUUAGCAAUUUAGACUUCAGUCGCCUGAGGUACUGAGGGAUCCUGUGGUUAGUUUUUUUAAACAUAAUCAGGAUGAAGCUGGAUUCAAUUGGUGGCAGUUAGACGUCAUUUGGAUAUUUUUGUGUUCCACUGUGAGGACACACAGAUACCGAUAUGAGCAACUUUGAGCAUAUCCUGAUGGAGAUUGGAGAGUUUGGUUUAUUUCAAAAACUUUUAGUCGCUGCAUCAUGCAUCCCCAGCAUUUUUUUAGCCUUUGAUUUGAUCGGUCAGGUGUUCACAGGUAUGAACUUCCCACAUCACUGCAACACUGACUGGAUCUUUGCCCAAGUGACCAACCUGACGGAGGAGAGACAGAAAAAUCUCACCAUUCCUCUGAAAAAUGAAGGGAAAUAUGAAAGCUGUGAAAUGUUCACAUCAGUGGAUUUGGAAACUUUUGAAGCAUAUGGGGUUAACGCGACGACAGGAUGCAUAAACGGAUCAGUUUAUGAGACACCCAAAGGUGCUUCCAGCAUUGUCACCGAGUUUGACCUGAUGUGUGACACGGUCAGUUUCAUUGAGAUCUCACAGUCCAUCCACAUGGCCGGUCUUUUGGUGGGAGCACUGGUGUUUGGGUCGAUGGCUGACAGGUUCGGUCGACGCUUCGUGCUACUCAUCGCAUUCUUUCAGCUCAUGUUGAGUGGUCUUGCUUCUGCUUUCUCACCCAACAUCUAUGUGUAUAUAGUUUUCAAAUUCUUCAGUGGCAUCGCAACUUCUGGCAUUAUUCUGUGUGGAUUUGUUCUUGGUGGAGAAUGGACUGACUCUUCCAAAUUUGCUUUCGUUACCAUUAUGUUCCUUUUGACAUACUCUAUCGGACUGGUGAUAACAUCUGGCAUAGCCUAUUUGAUCCGUAACUGGAGGAUCCAACAGCUGGUGUUCUACAGCCCUAUUAUCGUCUUCCUGGGAGUCUUUUACUGGAUUCUUCCAGAGUCGGCUCGCUGGCUCAUCACCCAGGGCAAGAAGGAGGAAGCCAUAAAGGAGAUCCAGAGGGCAGCUAAGGUGAAUGGUAGGAAUGUCCCAGAAGACAUAUUGAAUCAGUUGGAGGUUGAGGAAACAUCUGAGAGAAGAAGCAUGGUGGACAUCUUCAGAAUCUCAUAUCUGAGGAAACGUGUUCUCAUAAUGUGCUACACCUGGUUUGCAAUAAGUCUGGUGUACUACGGACUGAGCCUGAAUGUUGGCAACUUUGGGUUGGACAUCUACCUCACACAGUUCAUCUUUGGGCUAGUAGAAAUUCCUGCACGUCUGGGCUCUUUGCCACUAAUCCAGCGCUUUGGGAGGAGAAUAUGUGUCGUGGUGUCGCUAUUUUUUGGAGGUUCUGCUACUCUUGGGACACUUGUUAUUCCAAAAGAUCUUCCAGCGGUGGUCACAGUCCUAGCUGUACUCGGAAAAUUUGCGGCAUCUUUCACUUUCACCAUAGCGUAUGUGUAUUCUGCAGAACUGUACCCAACUGUUUUAAGGCAGAAUGGUGUAGGUCUGAACUCCACGUGUGCUCGUAUCGCGGGCAUCCUGUCUCCACUGAUCAGACUCCUGGGCGUCUACCAUCACACCAUCCCCAUGCUGAUAUACGGCAUCUUCCCCAUUACUGCUGGAGUCCUCUGUUUACUACUUCCUGAAACUUGCAAUGUUGGACUUCAAGACCACACUGAAGAAACAAAACCUGACAAUGAGACUAUCGAGAUUCCAUCCAAACCAGAAAAGAGCACAAAAAUGUAAUUUAAAUGGCCAUAGUGGUUUUUACAGUCAUUUCCUACAGUGUGCUUCCGUUCAUCUGUUGUUUUAGUAACUUUGACAGCAUGCAGUCAUAAAAAAAAGAAGAAAACUUUGACUCAGUAAUAUUUUUUUUCAUCAUGUUCCAUGUUUAAAUAGCAAAUGGAAUCAUCUAGGCCAGUGGUUCCCAACCUUUUUUCCUUGAAGCCCCCCUUGCUUAUGUCCAGGACAAACUAGGCACGCUCCUGGGCACGCACACAAAAAAGAAUAAAGUAAAAAGUUCAUAUGCAAAAAUAAA